UCAGGGUGCAGACUGGGAGGCGAGGCCCUGCAGCACCCUCAUUUCUUCUCUGCUGUACUGGACUAAUUAUAUCUGCAAAGAUGAUGAAAGGUAUGAUCAUAAAGAACAUGUCCUUCAAAUCUGGACAAACCCUGACUGUUGUUGGAGUAGCUAAACCUGAUGCUACAGACUUUGCUCUGAAUGUUGGCCCAGAUGAGCAGGAUAUCACAUUUCACCUCAACCCCCGUUUUAACGCCCACGGAGAUGAAAAUACAGUCGUCUGCAAUUCAUUUGAAGGGGGCAACUGGUGUGAGGAGCAACGAGAGGAAUGCUUUCCUUUCCAACAAGGAGAAGAGUUCAAGGUCGUCAUUGAAUUCACACCUACUGAGUUUGUGGUGACUUUAUCAGACGGCUCCACAAUCCACUUCCCUAACCGCCUGGGAGCAGAGAAAUACUCUGUCAUCAGCAUCGAUGGGAACGCUCGCAUCAAAAGCUUCGAGAUCAUCUAAACCUCCAUCCGCCAUUGUACCUCAGGAUGGAAAUUCUCAUUUUGCCUUACUCUCUAUGCUUUAUUUGUUUAUCUGGCAACAGAUAAAAUAUUGCCCAAUUUGCCCUAAAUAUUCACAUUUCUGAAUCUAUGCAGUGCUAAAUUUUAUUGCUUAACACUUCACUACCAAAACUAAGUUUUGGAAAACUUUCCUAUUGGAUUUAAUGGUAAAGUUGUCCCAUUCUCGGUAGUGUACAUGUUGUCCUAAUCUGCAGGAAUUUAGUAUAUUGAAAUCAGAUCAAAGUAACCACACAGUUACAAAAAAAAAAAGUAGAGAAGUAAAAAGAAGCCUAACACAGCUAAAUAAAUUUUAACAAAUCUAAAUUUAUACAGCAAGUAAUGUGACUUCUCUGUGUGCUUGAUGUAAUUUCUGACUGAAAAGAAAACCGAAUGAAGUCAAACAGAGUUGUGACUUUACAGUUUACAUAGUACAGCUGGAAAGAGCCACCUGGGAUGUCAUAUGUUUUACUGAGAUGCUUUCAAGUGCUCUAUAAUAAUUUUUUUUCUUUGACAUUCCAACUUUGUAACUGAGAAUAUUGCUUACCUGUAACAGCGUCUAUUAAAGCAUGUCCAUUAAAAAAAACAAACAAACAA